CAGUAGGUUGCUACACAAGAUACCCCUAGCAAUAAUCUCUACUUAAACUAUAUAUAUAUCAAGAUCUAUCCUCCAUUAAUUCCUCAUUUUCUCCAUUGGAUCUAAAGACUUAUAACUAAACAUUUUUUGGUUUUUUCAACGAAAACCCUUGAAAUGGCCGACUCAUUCGAGUUCGUAGUGACCACGAAAAGUCUUGUACUCGUCCCUCCGAAGUCAGAAACUCCAAAGGGUCUUUACUAUCUCUCGAAUCUCGACCAAAACAUCGCCGUCGUGGUCAAAACGUUUUAUUACUUCAAAUCGGAGUCAAGAACCAACCAAGAAUCCUACAAUGUGAUAAAGAAAUCUCUCUCUGAGGUUCUUGUCCAUUACUACCCUGUCGCUGGAAGGCUGACGAUCAGCCCGGAAGGAAAGAUCGCCGUGAAUUGCACCGGAGAAGGAGUAGUGUUGGUUGAAGCUGAGACUAGUUGUGGGAUAGAGAUGAUCAAAGAGGCUAUCACUGAGAAUAGAAUGGAGGCGCUCGAGAAACUUGUUUACGACGUUCCUGGUGCCCGGAACAUUCUUGAGAUCCCGCCGGUGGUAGUUCAGGUGACAAAAUUCAAAUGCGGUGGUUUUGUCCUCGGACUAGGAAUGAGCCACAACAUGUUCGAUGGAGUCGCGGCCACGGAAUUCCUCAACUCGUGGUGUGAGACGGCCAAGGGUCUCCCUUUAUCCGUCCCGCCUUUCUUGGACCGCACGAUUCUCCGACCAAGAAACCCACCCAAAAUCGAGUUCUCACACAACGAGUUCGAAGAAAUCGAGGACAUUUCCGGCACCCGAAAACUCUACGACGAAGAAAAACUCGUCUACAAAUCGUUCCUCUUCGAACACGAAAAACUAGAGAAGCUCAAGAACAUGGCAACAGAAGAAGACAAUACUAAUAACAGCAAUAAGGCUACGACAUUUCAAGCCUUAACCGGGUUUCUUUGGAAAUCACGGUGCGACGCGCUACGGUUUAAACCGGACCAACGGGUUAAGCUUCUUUUCGCGGCUGAUGGACGGUCAAGAUUCAUCCCACGUCUCCCGGAAGGAUAUUGCGGGAACGGUAUUGUGUUGACCGGUUUGGUGACGUCAUCGAGGGAAUUGGUUGGGAAUCCUCUUUCUCAUUCGGUUGGUUUGGUUAAGAGUGUGGUCGACUUGGUUACGGACGAUUUCAUGAGAUCGGCUAUCGAUUACUUGGAGGUAAACCGGACCCGGCCGAGUCUGACCGCGACGCUUCUGAUUACGUCGUGGUCGAAAUUGACAUUGCAUAAACUGGAUUUCGGUUGGGGUGAACCGGUUUUAUCUGGACCGGUUGGUUUACCAGGGAGGGAAGUGAUCUUGUUCUUGCCAGGUCUCGACGAUACGAAGAGUAUCAAUGUGUUCCUUGGUCUUCCUGCUUCGGCUAUGAAGGUCUUUGAAGAGCUUAUGAAGAUAUUUUAAAGAAUUACUGUAAUUUCACAACCACAAAUUAUGAAUUUUAAUUAUUUCAAUUUAAAAGAAGAAGAACGAUGAUACAUAAUUAUUAUUUAUACAUGUAGGUUUAAAUUUACUGCUUGUAUCGAUUUCAAAAGUGUAUGGAAUUUCAGAAAAUAUUAGCCAAUUCAUUUUUUAAAACAAAAGUCAAAGAGACGACAAAAGUUGACUUGGGUUUCAGAUUCCGGGUCGGAUCCCAACGGAGCAGGUCUUAAUUUUAAACACCGGGUCGGCUCCAUCUCAAAUCUCAAAAAUCUCAAAAUCACCAUCGCCUUAUCUUGUUGACUCUCUCUUACGAGCGCGAGUGAGGGAGACGUAGAUAGAUAGCAACAAUGGCGGCGACGCUUACAGGAUCGGGGAUUGCUCUUGGGUUUUCGUGUUCCGCAAAGAUCUCUAAGAAAGCUACUUCUUCUUCUUCCUCGUCCAACCGCUGCUGCAUCAAGAUGUCGGUUUCGGUAGAAGAGAAGAAGAAGAACUUCACUCUUCAGAAAUCCGAAGAAGCUUUCAGUGCUGCCAAAAACUUAAUGCCUGGAGGCGUGAACUCACCAGUCCGAGCAUUCAAAUCAGUAGGUGGACAACCAGUAGUGAUAGAUUCAGCAAAAGGCUCACGAAUGCGAGACAUUGAUGGAAAUGAAUACAUUGACUAUGUUGGAUCUUGGGGACCAGCCAUCAUUGGCCACGCCGAUGACGAGGUUCUUGCAGCUUUAGCUGAGACGAUGAAGAAAGGAACGAGCUUUGGUGCUCCUUGUCUCUUGGAGAACGUUCUUGCAGAGAUGGUGAUUUCAGCUGUUCCGAGCAUUGAAAUGGUUCGGUUCGUCAACUCCGGUACAGAAGCGUGUAUGGGAGUGCUCCGUCUCGCACGUGCCUUCACUGGAAAGGAAAAGUUCAUCAAGUUUGAAGGUUGUUACCACGGCCACGCAAACUCUUUCCUUGUCAAAGCAGGUAGUGGUGUAGCCACUUUAGGUCUACCUGACUCUCCCGGUGUCCCCAAAUCAGCUACUUCGGAUACUUUAACAGCUCCGUACAACGAUCUUGCCGCGGUGAAGAAGCUCUUUGAGGCGAACAAAGGAGAGAUCGCUGCCAUUAUUCUCGAACCCGUUGUUGGUAACUCCGGUUUCAUCACGCCUAAACCAGAGUUCAUCGAGGGGUUACGGAGGAUUACUAAAGACAAUGGUGCGCUCCUCAUUUUCGAUGAAGUCAUGACCGGUUUUCGUUUAGCCUAUGGUGGAGCUCAAGAGUACUUUGGAAUCACUCCUGACUUAACAACUCUCGGGAAAAUCAUCGGUGGUGGUCUUCCCGUGGGAGCAUACGGUGGAAGACGAGACAUUAUGGAAAUGGUUGCACCAGCAGGACCGAUGUAUCAGGCUGGUACGCUAAGUGGUAACCCUCUGGCUAUGACAGCGGGUAUUCACACGCUGAAGCGGUUAAGUCAGCCUGGGACAUAUGAGUACUUGGACAAGAUCACGAAAGAGCUUACCAAUGGGAUACUUGAAGCCGGGAAGAAAACAGGGCAUGCCAUGUGUGGCGGUUACAUAAGCGGGAUGUUCGGUUUCUUCUUCACGGAAGGACCUGUAUACGAUUUCUCGGACGCGAAGAAGAGCGAUACAGAGAAGUUUGGAAAGUUUUUCAGAGGAAUGUUGGAGGAAGGUGUGUAUUUUGCACCUUCUCAAUUCGAGGCAGGUUUUACAAGCUUGGCUCACACUCCAGAAGACAUCCAGUUCACCAUCGCUGCGGCUGAGAAAGUUCUAAGUCGGAUCUAG